AUGAAAAACCUUAGCAUUAUUGAUGAAUUUGUGCUGCUGGGGUUGUCUACUGACCCAGAUAUCCAGACCAUGCUCUUUGUUCUCUUCUUGGGAAUUUACCUCCUGACCCUGAUGGGGAACCUGAUGAUGAUCCUGGUGAUCAGAGCUGAUCCUCACCUGCACACGCCCAUGUACUUCUUCCUUAGUCAUUUGUCUUUCCUAGACAUAUGCUACUCUUCAGUCACUGUGCCCAAGAUGCUGCAGAAUUUCCUGUCUCAGAAGAAAACCAUUUCAGUGUGGGGAUGUAUUACCCAGAGUUUCUUUUUCAUUUUUUCUGGAGCCACUGAGAGUUGCCUGCUCUCUGCUAUGGCCUAUGACCGCUAUGCUGCCAUCUGUCACCCUCUGCUCUACACUGUGAUCAUGAAUGGAUCUCUGUGCACCGCUAUGGUCAGUGCAGCAUGGCUGAUGGGGUUUCUGAGCUCACUAGUGAAUAAUCUUUGUACCCAGAACUUACAGUUCUGUGGUCCCAAUAUCAUCUCCCACUUCAGUUGUGAACUGCCUUCACUCUUCCCUCUCUCCUGCAGUGAUACCAUGCCUAACACCAUCCUGCUAGCUGGGUCCACUAUUUUUCUAGGACUUAUGACACUUCCCCCAAUCCUCUUCUCUUACUCAAAAAUUAUUCUUGCCAUUUUAAGUAUCUCCUCCUCUAAAGGCCAAGACAAAGCCUUCUCCACCUGCUCCUCCCACCUCACCGUGGUGCUCUUGUUCUAUGGGACGGCUCUAUUCAGGUACAUCAGCCCCUCUUCAGGAUCAGUCCUGGAGCGAGUUGUCUCCAUACAGUAUGGUGUGAUCACAUCCUUGAUAAACCCACUUAUUUACAGCUUCAAGAACCAGGAGGUGAAGGUAGCUCUGCAGAGCAUACUGAGGCAGCAAAUAUGUGUCUCAGGUAAGAAAUGA